AAGGCUCAGCGUGCUGCCAAAACUUCUACCAAGGAGGGAGGGGCAAGCCAGAAAAAAGAAGGCAGUACAAAGGAAAAAAUUAUCCGUGUCCCUGACCAUCUCAAGGUUGACGAUGCAGCCACACAAAAGAAAGCUGCCAAGAAAUUAGAAGGACAACACGGGCCCCAGAGGGCCGCCACUGAGAGGAAAGUGGGUCUGUUCAGGCACCUCCAGCAGUUUGAGAGAGGCACCUCCCGGACUCAGGCUAUUCAGAGUAUAAGCAUGGAUACAGUAUUCUCAAACAAUGUUGCUAUCCACCCCGCUAUCUUAAAGCUGGGCUUACAGUAUGUAGAGGGGGUGGUGUGUGGGUCCAACGCAAGGUGUAAGCAGGUCAUUCGUGACUUUACCACACCUCCCCAAAAGGAGCCAGCCAGAGAUUUAGAUAACAGAAUAAAGCCAUCCAUAAGUGUCUUGGCCCAGUGUCGGCCAAUUUCAGUCAGUAUGGGGAAUGCUAUCAAAGCACUCAAGUGGCACAUCAACCAUACACCAAGUGAGAUGCCAGACUCGGAGUCUAUAAAACCGUUUGGCAUAUUUGGCUUUGAGUCUUUAAGCUUGGGCAAUUCAUCUCUGCAAAUAAGUUGUGUACUUCAGGCCAAAAGAAAUUUGGAUGAAGUUAUUGAAGAUUUGCUGCAAGAAAAGAUAGUUUUAGCUGGAAAAGCCAUAUCUCUAACUGCUCUGCAGAAAAUCCGAGAUGGGGAUGUCCUUCUAGUGUUUGGUUGCUCUUCUUUGAACCGGGAGAUACUCUGCGACGCACACUCUAAAAGAAGACAGUUUCGUGUUUUCGUCGUUGACAGUCGUCCAAAGUUGGAUGGGCGAGUGAUGCUCUGUCGUCUCGUUAGACAUGACAUUAAGUGUCCCUACGUUCUCAUCAAUACAGCUUCUUAUGUUAUGCAAGAGGCUACGAAAGUCUUCUUAGGUGCUCACGCUUUGUUAGCUAAUGGUUACGUCAUGUCCAGAGUGGGGACUUUCAAGAUCUCACUCCUGGCUAAGGCGUAUGAUGUGCCAGUCCUGGUGUGUUGUGAGACCUACAAGUUCUGUGUGAGAGUAAAGACAGAUUCUUUUGUUGCUAAUGAAUUAGGAGACCCUGGUGACUUGGUAAAGACUCACAAAAAUGAAACCUACUUGGACAACUGGAAACAGUGCAAGAACCUCAACCUCCUGAAGCUGGUCUAUGACGCCACACCAGAUUUUUUUUCCCAUGGUGAUUACCUAUCUAUCCCAAUGGGGAUUGAGGGAGGGGGUGGGGAGAGGACACAACGAAGCUCAUGA